AUGAGAGCCAAGCCUGGCAACAUCGAAUCGACUGAUCGUGGUUCAAUUUCAGAGAUGUCUGAGAUUAGCGGAGCAGCUAACCAGUCUGUGGAAAUCACGGAAAGCAACAUGGAUGUGACGUUUGUGGAAAACCACUCCGGAACACAGAUUGAGAGCCAAGUAGACGAACUCACGGCGAGGCUGGCAACGUCCUUGAAUCAAAGCCGACAGCCCGUGUGCCAAGGAACGAACGUUGGGACAGCGAGGCGCCAGAGGUCAAUCUCCAGCGGACGAUCGAGUCCAUCCUGUCGGCAGUCUUCCAACGCAUCGACAGUCGGUGAGUCGAGUUCUGUCUUUCAAAACUCGCACAACUCUGAGGCUAGUCAUAUCUCCCAUGCCAUGAACGGGAUGUUCAGUGUAUUUAAAGAGGUUUUCAAGGCCCAAAGCAUAGCAGAAGUCCCCAAAUAUGAUGGGAAGGGUUCCCUCAGUGACUUUUUGCGAGCACUGGAAAUGAAGUAUCCCAUGACAGUUUGGUCGGACAGAGAUAGGCGUGAUGUGUUGGUAAACCAUCUGAUUGGAUCGGCGCGAUCAGUGUAUAAAGGGCUUCCAGAAAGCGUUAAAAAGGGUGAUUUUGCCGGAAUAGCUGGCGAGGGCGGGCGCUUAGAUUUAGCGCGUAACCCUUGCGAGAAGCUCAAAGUGAUUGAUGAAUGGGAUAGGCUUAGGAUGAGAAGCCAUGAAUCGGUAGGGGAUUUCUGCUGUCGCAUGGAGGAUAUCUCCGCAGAUUCGAUCCGAAGAAUGGUUGAAAGGUUACUGAUGGGAUUUCCAUUUAGCCUCAAAAUUAUACUCAUGCCUACAACAUUGGAAGGAUUCUUACCACAUGCCCAAGAUGGGGAGGCAUAUGAUGCUGUUAAAAGGGUUGCACUGAGACUUGAAAAGACUCAAAUAGCGCGACCCCCAAAGGAUGAACAGAAGUUCAAACCCUUCAAAAAGAGAAUGUUCGCUGAGAAAGCGGCAACCUCCGGCAAUGAAGAUCGGGUUUUGCAGAAAUGCUUUAACUGUGGCGGAACUGGUCACUUUAGCACCUCUUGCCCUAAUAAAUCGACACCAAAGGGUCACCCUCCAGGCGGAAAAGGCCCGGGUCUAAAUAAGAACUCUAAGGAGGAACGUGCCCCCAGGAAAUCAUUAUCCACUUUCGUAGAGGAUUGGUGUGGGAUGGUUCGCAGCCAAAAAUUGGCGGUAGGAUCGGGCACCGUAGUGGUUGGGAAACCCCGGGGCCGCAACGCUAUACGACGCAAAAAUCUUCGGAAUCGAAUGAUCUCCAUAUUACCAGCUGGUCUCCUCAAACAAGCUAAAAGCAGGGGCUUUGACAUAGACAGCGAAGUAGAGCUGGUAAGCAACGGUUGCGAACAUAAGGUGUUCGACGCGUCAGGCAACCAAAUGGAGUUCCUUGCAAUAGUGAACGCGGAAAUAAGCGUAGAGGGGGCUGAUAAAGUUCGAGUAGCCAUGCAUGUCCAGAAAAGCAAGGAUAGCACCCUGCUCUUAGGAACGAACGUUCUAAAUGCUUUAGGGAUCCAACUCAGAUUUGAGUGCGACAGAGACCCGUCGCGCAGCGCGACUAGUAUGCCGGAACAUGCAAAGGCUUCUAGAAGGGUUGUCAUACCCACCGCGGAGCAGUGGCAAACAUUGAACUUGAGAGCUCUAGAGAGUCUGGUCAAAGGAUUUUUUGGUCCAGGGACCCUCGGAGAGGGGAAUACGGCCAUUUCGGUAGCGAAUCGUAACUCUCAGACAUGGGUAAUCAAUAAGGGUGAGCCCCUUGGAGAAUGGUCGGAUGAUGGUUCCAUUAUCCCGCCUAAGUCAUGUCAAGACGUGUCAGGUGGUAUGCUUGACAUGGAAAGACAUGUAGCUCUUCCAGAAUCAAAACGGAUGAAAGUUUUAAUCGAUAUAAUGCAGCAGAAUCAUAGCACAGGAAAACUGUCAGAUGAACUUGUUAGCGUCCUAGAAAAGUUUGGUGAAACUUUUGCAGUGACUGAUGGUGAGCUUGAGCAUACUAGUCUGAUAGAACAUGAUAUCGAU